AUGAACCUGCAACCUCCGCUAAUCAUUCUUCAACCAAACAAACAACACAACAAGUCCUCGAAUCUACCUACAUAUAAAUCUAUACUACCGCAUACUAUGGCUCCAGUUAAAGUCGUCAUCGUUGGUGGAGGUCCUGCUGGUAUAUCUGCUGCCACUGCUCUUGCCAAAAACCCUCAGCUCGAAAUCACUGUAAUCGAAAAGCACAAAUCAUUCGCAUAUCACAACUAUGCUGGUCCGCGAGCAUUGGUGAUUCCAAAGUGGGCCGAUGCCAUCUUUGUGGAUAACUCGAAUCUGUUUAAGGAUAACAAGGCCAACAAGAUCGUCACUGGAACUGCCAAAUCAGUCAAAGCACAUCAAGUAGAGCUUGAAGAUGGAAGCAUUAUUUCUUUUGAUUACGCUGUGUUGGCUACUGGGUCUACAAAUGCCAGCAAGACCAAAUACGAUGACAAGGCUGACGGCAUCAAAGAAUAUCAUACCAUUGCGGAGAGUGUCAAGAACGCCAAAACUAUUUUGAUUGUCGGUGGUGGUGCAGUCGGUGUCGAAUUUGCUGGUGAAGUCGCAGCUCAAUAUCCUACCAAGAAGGUCACGCUAGUCACCUCCCAACCAUACCUCAUCAACGAGCACUUCUCCAAAACACAUCUAACCAAAAAGAUAACCGAAACUCUAUCCAAAAUGGGUGUCACGGUCGUCCUCAGUGAGAAAAUCGUCAAAGGCGAAGAUGGGCACAUCUUGCCUAACGGUGCUGAUUACUCGUUGACUCCAGCAACAGUCAAGAGCGAAAGUGGCAAGGAAUAUACUGCUGAUGUGGUGUAUUUGGCUGUUGGUAAUGCUAAAUUCAAUACGGAAGCUAUUGCCGAUGGACUUGGUGAAGGUGUGCUGAAUGAGAAGAAGGAGGUCAAGGUCAAAGAGACGUUGCAAGUUGUUGGAUUUGAUAAUAUUUUCGCAUUGGGAGACAUAAUCGACACAAAAACACCCAAAGUAGGCUUCGUAACCCAAUCCCAAGGCCCCAUAAUCGCCAAAAACCUCGCAUCCAUACUCGCCAACAAACCACUGACUGGUAAAUGGACUUCCGCAAGUGCACUAGAUGUGAUGGGUGUAGCUUUCGGGCCUGCUCAUGGUGUGGUGUAUACGCCGCUGGGUAUCUUUGGAAAUUUCACUGCUCGUAUGAUGAAGAGCAAGACAAUAUUCUUGCCUGCUACGUAUGAUAGUGUGCAUGCUGGGAAGGUGCCUGAAGGGCUGUUCUGA